CGGAACCCUUGCUUCAACUGCUCGCGUGCUCCCCUCCCCCUCCUCUUCUUCACAUCCCCAUCCUCCCAACAACUCCUGUCCGACUCUCUCAAUCCCUCGAUUCGAUCCGUCUAUCACAACCACAGCUUCAAUUACCAUUAUCGUGAGGGUAUCGGUGCCACAAUUCCCAACCGGAACAGCGGAAGCGUUCACAACAAAGGAGCUCUUACAUCUGCAUACCCGAUCCUCUCUCGCCACUCCUCGAACUACCUAUACAUAUCCACCACAGCAGUGAAAACUGCCCAGAACUCACAAUUCCGACCCCCUUACGUCUACUCUCGCUAUAGGAGAUAGUGUCUCCAAUCAAGCAAAGCAAGCAAAGCAAACAUGCCGCCCGCUCGAGGCUUUGUCGCCAAGCAACGCACACCACUCGUCAUUGCUGCCUGUGUGGGCGCAGGUAGUGUGUUCAUUGGCUUGAAAUGGAGAGCUGUGAUGCAGCGGAGCGAGGAAGCAAAGAGGGCGGCGGGUAAAAAUAUCAAUUAUACGGUUGCGCCUGGGAGAAGCGGAGGCGGCAUUUAACUCUGACACAAGGACC